CACCCCGUUCUUUUUCUACUAUAAAUACCUAACGAAUCCGAGUCCACUGGCAUCAGUUUGAUCAGUCCAGCAUUCCAGCAAAAGCAAGCCGUUUGCAAUCAGUAGCAUUUUUGCAGUUUAAUAUGGCUAAAUUUACCACUUUAGCGGUACUUGUUGCUUUCGUAGCUGUCGCUAUGGCUAGUGACCAAUAUUCCUACAAAAAGGGAAGUUCGAGUUUCGAUGUUUCGUCAUACGGUUACGACAACAAAGGUAGCUAUGUACCCCGUUAUGGUUACGAAAAGAAGGAAAGUUACGGUUACCAUGCCGCUCCUUACGGCUACGGGAAAACACCAAGCCACGGCUAUAAUGCCCCUGCUUACGGUUACAACAAGAAAGGAAGUCACGGUUAUCAUAGUGCACCUUACGGUUACGAUAGAGGAAAUUAUGGUUAUCGUUCCUCGCCCUAUGGUUACGCCAACAAAGGCUAUGGUUAUAACGCCCCAGCUUACGGUUACGAAAAGAAAGGCGGCUAUGGGUACCACGCUGCACCUUAUGGAUACGAUAAGAAAUUGAGCUACGGAUACGGUGCUCCAGCUUACGGCUACGAAAGGAAACCAAGCUACGGGUACGGUACUCCGACAUAUGGUUACGACAAGAAAGCCAGCUACGGUUACGAUGCUCCCUCUUAUGGUUAUGAUAAGCACGAGAAACCUAAAUCUUACGGGACAGUUUACUCCGCAGCAAGUUAUUGAAUUGUUACGCAGCCUGGCCAUUACUGACAACUCGUAUUUCCCUAUCACUUGCUACGAUUUAAUUGUGUUCGGUUAUUUGAAUAUGUGUGUUGUGCUUUGCUUUUCUGUGUCUUUUAAAUUGCUAAUAUAAUGUUCGUAAUGGA